AUGUCCCCGAUCGCUUCCCCUCACCGUCGCCCACGCUUCCCCCCACCGUCGCCCACGCUUCCCCCCACCGUCCCCGAUCGCUUUCCCCACCGUCGCCCACGCUUCCCCCCACCGUCGCCCACGCUUCCCCCCACCGUCGCCCACGCUUCCCCCCACCGUCGCCCACGCUUCCCCCCACCGUCGCCCACGCUCCCCCCCACCGUCGCCCACGCUUCCGCCCACCGUCGCCCACGUUUCCUCCCACUGUCCCUCACACUUCACCCCGCCGUUGCCCACGCUUCCCCUCACCGUCGCCCACGCUUCCGCCCACCGUCGCCCACGCUUCCCCCACCGUCGCCCACGCUUCCUCCCACUGUCGCUCACACUUCACCCCGCCGUUGCCCACGCUUCCCCCCACCGUCGCCCACGCUUCCCCGCACCGUCGCCCACGCUUCCCCCCACCGUCGCCCACGCUUCCGCCCACCGUCGCUUACGCUCCCCCCCACCGUCGCUCACGCUUUCCCCCACCUUCCCCCACUCUUCCUUUCUCAUCGCCUACGCUUCCUCCCACCGUCGCCCUCGCUUCCUCCCACUCUCCCUUACACUCCCUCCCACAGUCACCCACGCUUCCCCCCACCCUUGCACCCUUCUUUCCUUCUCUCUGACUCUCCCUUCCCCACUGCCUGGGUGCUGCUGCAGCAUUGGAGGAGAAUGCUGGGCGCACAGCCGGGGCAGCGCGUGCAGGCGGGAAGUGAGGAGCGCUGUGCACAAAGGGAAAUGGGGGCGGGGCAGGGGAGUGGGGGAGGCGUGGCAGGGGAGUGGGGGAGGCGUGGCAGGGGAGUGGGGGAGGCGUGGCAGGGGAGUGGGGGAGGCGUGGCAGGGGAGUGGGGGAGGCGGGGCAGGGGAGUGGGGGAGGCGGGGCAGGGGAGUGGGGGAGGCGGGGCAGGGGAGUGGGGGAGGCGGGGCAGGGGAGUGGGGGAGGCGUGGCAGGGGAGUGGGGGAGGCGUGGCAGGGGAGUGGGGGGGCGUGGCAGGGGAGUGGGGGAGGCGUGGCAGGGGAGUGGGGGAGGCGGGGCAGGGGAGUGGGGGAGGCGGGGCAGGGGAGUGGGGGAGGCGGGGCAGGGGAGUGGGGGAGGCGGGGCAGGGGAGUGGGGGAGGCGGGGCAGGGGAGUGGGGGAGGCGGGGCAGGGGAGUGGGGGUGGCGGGGGCAGGAAGCCGUCCCGACUUCCUCUCUCGUCCGCUAAUUCGCCUUCUCCUGUCCGCCCUUCCACUCUCCAUUCCUCCCUCCUCUCUUUCUCUCUCUUUCCCUCCACUUCUCCCGUCCGCCCCUCCUCCCAGUCUCCCUCCUCCCUACCACUCUCUCACCCACUCUUUCUUUCAAUUUUUGAGUCGACUCAAAAAUCGACUUUCUCUCUCUUUCCCUCCACUUCUCCCGUCCGCCCCUCCUCCCAGUCUCCCUCCUCCCUACCACUCUCUCACCCACUCUUUCUUUCAUCCUCGUGCCUCUCUUCCACCAUGCCGACCUUCUUUUCAAACUGCCACCUUCCGAGCUUCCUAUAGUCCGCCUUUCCGUCUCACCCACUUGUCCUAUCCCUACUUGAAUUCCUCACAUCCUCUCAUCCCCCCUUCUCCCCUUCCACCCUUCCACCCUCCAGCCCUUGCGCUCAUCCUCCCUUCCUCUCAUCCUCCCUUCAUCUCAUCCUCCCGUUCUCUCAUCCUCCCAUCCUCCCUUUCUUCCUUCCCCCCUCCCUUUCUCUCUUCCGCCCUUCCUUCUUGUCUCCCUUGCUCAUUUUCUCCCUCGGCGCAUGCUUAUUUUCCCUGCAUCCCUCGCUGCCAUCCUCCCUUCCUCUCAGCCUCCACACUUCCUCUCGUCAACCAUUCCUCCGCACCCUUCUACCCUGCCACGCCUGUACACUCCUACCUUGUUUGUUUAUUCUAG